GGCAGAGUACAUCGAGUUUAACGGGGACUUGAUUCCCAGAGCUUCAUCUUCUGCUCAUGGCGAGUGUUCCACCAACUCCACGCCCCACCGAAAUCGAUGACGACCUCCAGGACAUCGAGACGCAGCCGCUGAAUGGCAUUAAGACGCCCGUGUCGCCUGCAUCGCCGUAUCGGAGACCGUUGCUGCUGCUUCUGCCGCUUGUCAUUGUCUCCGGUAUCCUCAUGGUAGCGGUGAUGGCUGGCUACGUGGACACGAGUAGGAAGGGGGCUUUUCAUCGGUUUGUCUUCCGGCAGAGUGCCGACGUGUCCGGGACGUCGCAUCCGGACUCGUCGUUCUACCAGCGUGGUAAACGGUUCGACGUUAAAGUCAAGAGAGACCGCGCAGUGCUCCUGUGUAUGCAUGACAACGUCUUGGCACUGGGUGUAUCACUUAUCCGUGAGUUGCGGUGUCUCGGCAAUAAGGAGCUCAUCCAGGUGUACCACUGCGGUCCCGAAGAACUCUCGUAUGACGCGAUAGAGCUACUCUUCAGCAUCGACAACCGACUGGAGAUCGUGGAUGUCUGUUCAGACCUUGCUAGUCGCCAAGUUAUUAGCGACAAAAUGGCAGACAAGUUUCGGAAUUGGUGGAUCAAGCCGCUUGCAGUGUACCAUACCGACGUACGCCACGUCAUGUUAAUGGACGUCGAUGAUAUUGUUAUCAAGAACCCCGCGAUUUUACGUGACUUGGAAGAGUAUCACAAGACAGGCACGACGUUCUUCUAUGACCGGGUUCAUUCGCACUGCAACGAGUUUGUUAACGGUGAUGACGAAGGCAGCAAGUACUUGCCAAAGCUGUUCUCGAAUUUUUCCUACGACCGCUUUAACGUGACUGGAGGUGAGAAUCCAUCGGUGCACGUGUUGGAAUCUUUCGCGUACACGGGUAAAACUUGUCACGAAAUGGACUCGUCGCUUGUGUUGGUUGACAAGGAGCGUGCCGGACAAACAGUCAUGGACGUUAUGCUGUGGUUCAUCACCGAGGAGCGUUUCCGAUUCAGAUACUCUUUCGGGGACAAAGAGACUUUCUGGUUAUCGUUCGAGAUGGCGCAUGUGCCGUAUUCGUUCUCGCCUUGGGGUGUCAGUGUUGUAUCUUCGUCGCCCAAUAAGGAUGCUGAAAAACACCCUGACUCGUUGUGUGGCAGCAUUCUGCAGUAUCUUCCCGAUAGUGGCCCUGAUGCUGAAAUGCUGUAUGUCAAUGGUAAGGCGUUGCUCGAUCCGUACCCGGAAGGAGUCGACCAGAUCACCAAAAUGCGCUCCAACAACAUGUUCAACACAUUUCCCACUCUCAUGACUCCGCGACAGGAACGUCAAGAGUUAAACAAAUCUAGCCACCCGGAGUUAUUCAGCGAAUGCCUCAUCGGACUGGGUGGAGUACCGCUCCCUCAAGAGUUUGCUGGUCAUUUAUUACGACGUCGAUUAUUUUACUUGGGCGUGACAACCGGAGUAUUAGGGGCACUGCAGCACUGUGAAACGUACGAAAUGCGUCGGCUACUUGAGGUGUAACCGGUGAGGUUACUCGAAGCUGCUCGUAAACAUGGGAUGAAUACCAACUUGAGUAAAGUAAUACCGUCUGGAUUGUCUAUCGAGCUCAUCAAGCACUUUAUGAGGGCCACAAGAUGCGAAAAUGUCCAAUCCUCUUCUGCAAUAGAUGUUGAUAUUGAAAAUAGCUGUUCAUGUUGUCUUGAAUUGAAAUGUUUCCAGCUUACGAACCUCUCGUGUCCAACAGCAUUGUCCCUAAACAUGAAUUUAAGAA